UCGGUCUAUCGUCACUUUCGCUGCUGGCCUUGUCGGCCUGCUCGACGACCCUCUCAAUCCUUCUCCUCCAUCGCCGAGCUUCCCUGAUCGUCGACCUGCUCGGCGUGUACUUGGCUGAACACGUGUACCUCACACGAAGCGGCUGUGCCUGACCUGACAUCACAAUGCCGUCCCGACCUCAUCUUCCAGCGCGAAUCUCGCUCCACCGCGGAAAAAGCGCGAACAGUGUGCCUACGACCUCGAGCCUAUCCUCAUCGUCCACGCCAUUAGCAACGCCCAGUGCAGCGAGCCGCAACGACAGCCCAGGUCGACGGAGCAUCAAAGCUAGCAGCAGCAACGGCAACCUCGCAGGAAUACCGCAGCUCACCAAGUCGAACAGUGAUCUUCGGGGUGAUCACAAAGGUAUGAGCAUGGUGUUACGAGUACAAGUGAUCAAGGGUCGCAAUCUAGCUCCCAAGGACAAGUCCGGCACAUCCGAUCCAUUUCUUGUCCUCACUCUGGGCGAUGCCAAAGAAGCCACCAGUGUUAUGAGCAAGACAUUGAACCCGGAAUGGAACCAGACUUUCGAACUGCCCGUCAACUCGCCCGAUUCGGCAUUGCUAGAAGCUGUUUGCUGGGACAAGGAUCGGUUCAAGAAAGAUUACAUGGGAGAAUUUGAUGUGGUGCUGGAAGAUGUGUUUGGCUCGGGAGUCACGUCUCCAGAGCCAAUAUGGUGUCGUUUGGAGAGCAGACGCAGCGGUCGCCGGAAGAAGAAGGAUACCAAUGUCUCGGGAGAAGUCCUUCUGAAGUUCACACUGUCAGAUCCGCUCAAUCCUACGGCUACUGCACAACAGACCAUUCAAAGGCUGGCCGGCAUCGUGGUGGAUCCAGCGGACGACGAUGACGAAGAAGACGACGAGGAUGAGCUACUCCGGCGAAUUGGCAGCACAGAGCUCGACGAUGUCGACGAGGAGGACGAUGAGAAAGAGCCGUCGGACGAGACUGAUGAUGGUACUAUGACACCCGCCGGCACACCCGAUGAGAAGCAAAAGCACCGACGUCGACGAAAGCUCAGAAAGCUCCGUCGUCGAACAAAGCAGAAAGCAUACGAAUUUGGCGCCAUGUCAGAUGUGGCUGGAGUUCUGUUCCUCGAGAUCAACAGAAUUACGGAUCUUCCUCCGGAAAAGAACAUGACCAAGACUACAUUCGACAUGGACCCAUUUGUGGUGACUUCGCUCGGCAAGAAGACAUAUCGGACCCGCGUGGUCAACCACAAUCUCAAUCCUGUCUUUGACGAAAAGCUAGUCUUUCAAGUCCAGAAGCACGAGACCAACUUCAGCCUCUAUUUUGCUGUAGUUGAUCGGGACAAGUUCUCUGGCAAUGACUUUGUUGGCACCGCAAACUUCUCCCUCGAAAAGGUCAGAGAGCUUGCUCCGGAGGCAGACCCCGAGACUGGCCUGUACCGGCUGCCUGAUCCAGAUAGUGUCACGGAGGGCGAGCAGCGCAGAAAGCGAUUCCGCAAUCCUAUGUCCAGGAGCUCAAGUCAGACCAACCUUCCUAAGACCAGCAGCAAACGAAGCUCUCAGACCGACCUGAACAAGCUCACGUCGAGCAACGCCCUCUCGACAUCUCCACGUCCGGCUCUGCAACAGACCUAUUCAGAGCUCUCAACAGUGGAUCGUAGUCGGCCGAUACCCACCAGCAUGCCGAGCGCGAUGAGCAUCAAUUCCACAUGCAAUGACGACUAUCCAGCCGACGAAGCCGGUCUCAAGUCGUUCGAGAUUCCGCUCGAAUUGAAGAAGAAAGACCGCUGGGAGUCAAAGCACAAUCCGACUCUGUACAUACGAGCAAAGUACCUCCCAUACAAAGCUCUGCGACAACAGUUCUGGCGAGUUCUGCUCCGACAGUACGAUUCCAACGAUAACGGAAUGAUUGACAAGGUCGAGCUCAGUACCAUGUUGGACACACUGGGCAGCACACUCCACGAUCGCACCAUUGAUGGCUUCUUCCGUCGCUUCAGAGAUGUCAACGGGGAAGAUAUACUUACAGCAGACCAAGCAGUGAUUUGCUUGGAGGAGCAACUCAUGAAGAAUCAGGAAUCUCAUCAUCAUCACCUGUCCAGCUCUCUUUCCAAGCUGAAGCGAGAGAGUUCUUCUCCCUCCUCCCCAGAUGUGGUGUCUGUACCGAACAGCUCGGCAGAUCGAAGCCCAGUGCCGGGUACGCCGCAGCGCGACACAUCUCAAAUACCGUCCAACUUGAUCCCGGGUAGCAAGACUAUUCCCACCUUGGAGGUCAGCAAGAUGGGCGAGGCAGGCGAGCGAGGCGACUACCUGACGACCGACGAUGCCGUUGGUCUUGACGGCGACGUCGAAGAGGACCUCAAUGCAGGGAAGGAAGAGCACGUUGUCGAGAUUCAGGAGUGUCCGAUCUGUCACCAGCCCAGGAUCGCUCGAGGACGGAAGACAACGGACGCUGAUAUCAUUACACACAUUGCAACUUGCGCGAGCAGUGACUGGCGAGCUGUAAAUAAUCUUGUCAUGGCUGGUUUCGUGUCCAGCUCUCAAGCUCAGCGCAAGUGGUACUCCAAGGUCAUCUCCAAGGUUUCAUAUGGCGGCUACCGCAUCGGUGCCAACAGUGCCAAUAUUUUGGUCCAAGACAGACAGACCGGUAUGAUCAAUGAAGAGCGUAUGAGCGUAUACGUUCGUCUUGGGAUUCGCCUGCUGUAUAAAGGCUUGAAAAGCAGAGAGAUGGAGAAGAAGCGAGCACGCAAAUUGCUUCGAUCCCUCUCCUUCAAACAAGGCCGCAAAUACGACGAUCCAUCAUCCGCUUCUCAAAUUCCGGGCUUCAUUAACUUCCAUCAAUUGGAUAUGAAUGAAGUCCGCCUGCCACUGAACCAAUUCAAAACUUUCAACCAAUUCUUCUAUCGCGAGCUCAAACCCGACGCUCGCCCCUGCUCUGCGCCCAAUGAUCCACAUAUCGUGGUCAGUCCUGCAGACUGCCGCUCCGUCGUCUUCAAUCGCCUCGAGGAUGCCCAGCGUAUCUGGGUCAAGGGUCGAGAGUUCAGCGUCGAACGCUUACUCGGCGACGCAUAUCCCAAGGACGCCAAGCGCUAUCAGAAUGGGGCUCUGGGCAUCAUGCGUCUGGCUCCGCAGGACUACCACCGCUUCCACAUUCCUGUCGACGGGGUCAUGGGUGAGCCGAAGUUGAUCGAUGGAGAGUACUAUACCGUCAACCCGAUGGCCAUUCGCUCGGCGCUGGACGUAUAUGGCGAGAACAUCCGCGUGUGCGUGCCGAUUGACUCGGUAUGUCAUGGGCGGGUCAUGGUCAUUUGUGUUGGUGCAAUGAUGGUCGGCUCGACUGUCAUCACGCGCAAGAAGGGCGAGAACGUGAAGAGAGCGGAGGAGCUGGGCUACUUCAAGUUUGGAGGGUCGACUAUCUUGCUGCUUUUCGAGCCGGGUGUCAUCAAGUUCGACGAGGAUCUCGCGGACAAUAGUACUGGCGCCCUCGAAACCUUGAUCCGUGUCGGCAUGUCCAUCGGACGUACUACUGGCCACGCACCGCAUACGGCAGACAUGCAGAAGACAAAUCCCACAGAGAGCGAGAAAGAACAAGGCAAACGCCGAAUCGAAGGAUCGUUGGCUCCUAGCAGUGGCGCGAAAGUCGUUUGAGCAGCACGAUGAGAUGGGACGACAAUCGAGGUGCAUUAUGGAGUAUUGACAUGCAUUGGGAGCGGCAUUUGAAGCGAACGUAUAUUUCGAUGAACAUCAGGGAGGACCACACAUUCACGCCGCGGAGAGAGUGUCAACCACUCCUUCGGACGAGCUCAUUGGUUUGGCCGGGAUGGCAUACCUUGCAUUCAGGGUAAAAAGGAGUAGCAGCUGUCCUGCGAA